GAAAAAAAAAAAAUAUUAGUGCCGAUGAAUAUAGAUUAUAAUUUUUAUUUUUCUACUUUAAAAUAAGCUAAUCGAACGGCGAAGACGGUACAGCAAUUAGAUGAUUGAUGAGACUGAUGAGGUUAGAAGCAGGAGAUCCGUCCAUCGAACAACACAACCCCACACCAUCCUUAAUCCUUAUCCUGCGCACACUGUGCGUGUGACUGUGUACCCCCUUGUCUUAUGGCUGACGAUUUACUCCAACCCGCCAUCACUACUAUCCCAUCGCCACAGCCUCCACCACCGCCAACCGCCAUAGCAACCGCCACAACGGCGCCGCCGUCGUCCUCAGAGAACCAUCCAGCAGGCCCGCCUUUGGCCCCCAAACGCCAGCGUCGCCCCAGCGUCCGCUUGGGCGAGAUCGGCGACCAACCCGCCGCCACUCAAGAUUCCCAACACCUCCGCCGACCCAAGUACAAAUUCCCCAAGGACAACAACUCCUUCUCCAAGGCCGCCGCCGCCACGGCAGCUGUAAAGGCUCGUUCUUUAACCAACCUCGUCAACGGCAACGGCAACACCAACACCACCGAUUAUUCCCACGAAACCCUAAUUCCCGAUCAGAACGGCGGCGACGCCGCCAAUUUCGAGCUCGGCGGCGCCCGGAGGCCCGCGAAGGCCAAGCGGCCGACGACGAAGAGAGCCCGAUCGAGCUGGGUCUCGAGCUCGAAAGCCGCCGAUGGUGACAGUGAGGACGAUGGGUUUCGGGAUACGGAUAAUAAUCAGGCCGAUUCGGAGAGUCCGAUGAAGGAGAACAGUCCAAUACAGUCGUUGGAGAAUGGGGCGUUUGGUUUGUGGAACGACGGAGGCGGCGGCGACGGCGUGAGGACGUGGCUGAUAGAAUUGGGGCUGAGCCGGUACGCGCCGGUGUUCGAGAUUCACGAAGUGGACGACGACGUUUUGCCAUUGUUGACUCUUGAGGAUCUCAAAGAUAUGGGGAUUAACGCCGUCGGGUCACGCCGAAAAAUGUACAAUGCUAUCCAGAAGCUUCGCAAGGGUUUCUCGUGAGUAGUUUUUCAUUUCUAUUUCCCUUUUCUUUUUUCCUUUUUUUUUUUCUUUUUGUAGUAGUACUUGUGGGUCUCAAAUGUGGUGUAAUCUUGAUCAUCAUCAUCAUCAUGUCAAUGAUAUAAAAGUAUAAAUCCUCGGCAUUGGCAGAAAUGUCAAGUGAAAAUGCUGGUCUGAGAUGUUUUUUUUUUUUUUUUUUUUCUCUUACAAUAAAAAAUAAUAAUACUAAUCAGAUUUUACUCCAAAGCUUUGUUG